AUGGGUCCGAAUGAUGACGGUCAAUCCGAUUUCGGCCCUCUUAAAAUGGAGAUCAGUUUUUCUGUGAUGAGUUGUACAGAAACGUGCGUGAUUGGUCAGAUAUGCUUAUUAAGCAUUAGCAUGCAGAGAGCCGAAGGACCGGAGCAUUUACUGUGGGCUUUGCUAUAUACUCCUAUUGGAAGCUUAGGGAUCAAAGGCAAGUUGUACUACUUGAUAAAGGUGACAGUCAGUGGUUAUGAUGAAAGUGGGAAAAAAAAGAAUGAUUUGGGACUUGAACCCAACCCGACUUGA